AUGCUCGUCUUUAGGACCGCUGCCCUGCAACAGGGCUACGCUAUUUUCCUAUUAUUGGCAUUCUCAACUCUAAUCUCUGCCAUAACGGUCGACGUUUGUUCUAGUUUCAACACGGCCGAAACGCCACUGAACAAGAACUACGCCUUUGCCAUCACGCAGCAGAACUCGUGCUGGUGCUCCAACUACUAUCCUGAUAAGGCCUCGACAGUCAGCAUCAAGGAGUGCAACGUGCCUUGCCCUGCCUGGCCUGACGAGUACUGCGGCGGCCGUGGCUUGUAUGGCUAUCUCGCCCUCAACGAAGUCGCCCCGUCCGGCACCAAGACGGCACCGGCUUCCACAUCAACGCCUACUGAGAGCACAGCUUCAACCUCCGCAUCGACGUCCUCCACCUCCAUGGCUACCUCCACCUCCGCCUGGUCUUCUUCCUCUUCUUCCUCCUCCACUUCUUCUUCCACAUCAGAGACGUCGACUACUUCUACAAGUAGCUCAUCCUCUUCAACAAGCGACUCAACGACGUUUUCCACCAGCACGCCGCCGCCAUCAUCGACUCCGACGACCACGCCUACCGAUGGCAGCGGCGGCAGUGGAAGCCGCAGUACCGGCAGCACUCCUUCACAGACAGCCGAUCCAAGCAAGGAUGAAAGCGGCGGCAGCGCUGGCGGCGGGUCCAAGAAGUCGGGGCUGGGCACAGGGGCGAUCGCCGGAAUCGCAGUUGGCGUGGUCCUCGGCGUGCUGGCCCUCGCCGGUGCUCUUUUGUUCUUGUUCCUCCGACGAAGGAGACAGGGCAAGGACGAGUACCAGAACGACCCGAGCGUGCGAGGCAGCUCAUCCGGCAUGGUGGGCGUGAUUCCCGGAGACUUGACGGGCAACAGCGGCUCGCCAGCCUCGCCCGUUUCGGUUGCCAACAGAAACAGCACGAUCCAGAUCGAUCCUCGAAUGGACCCAUUCAAGCAAGGCCUCUACAUCCGCGGUAGCCACGAAAGUCUGAACACGCUGCGCGACGACCACGACUAUUCUCGACGCAUCCAGCCGCCCAAGGUGCUACGGGCCGUCAACCCGGAUCCCGAAGAGCCCUAAGGCAGUCAUCGACAUGCCUGUUUCUUUCAAAUCAUUUGUGCAUAGGUGGCUUUUUUUUCUUUCUCGUCACUUUUCUCUUUUGCCUUGGAUGGUUCCCUAUUGCGCCUUUUUUUUCUCUCUCUUUUCUAGAACGAUCCGAGUGUCAUGACCGCGUAUAUGGAACUUCGCCGCUCGGGUUCGAAUACACAUGACAAAAACAAAAGAUUUGGGGUCUUGUCGCUUUUCGAGAUACCAGGAUGGCGUUGGCAAAUUUUUUUUUUCCCUUUGUAUUUUUGGAGGGGAUAAGGCAAGAAAAAGGGGGUGGUCAACCGGACGUGUCGUCUCUGCGGUCGAGAUGAGAAGCUCGGCAAAACGAGGCGAGAUUACGAACGACGAC